GGGAUUGGCAUGCUCACUCCUAGGGUGGCGUCAAUUUUGAGGUACUAUAUAUCUAGACCCGCUCAUAUCUUCCCCUCCCUUCCCUUCUCCUCUUGAUGACCCAAACAAUCCUCAUACUCCCAUUCGAACAUAAAGCACCCAAACAUACAACAGAAGACACGAACCCAAGCCUGUCUUGUCCUAUCCAGUGAGCCAGGUACCAUGCCGCUCCCAGGACCAGCUGCAGCUCUUCGCGAAGGCGGGCCAAGGGACCCGGUGGAGUUUUUCAAUCUCCAGGCGGCCAUGUCGGAGGCGAGUCUGAUCGUCCACGGCCCGCCCGAUCUGCCCGACGACGUGGAAGUGCUUGGCGCCUACGGCGUGUCCAAGGAAAACUCGGAGAAGACCAAGUACGGGUGGAUGCUCAACGACUUUCUGAGCUGGAUGCUUCUCUUUAACCAAAGGGGCCAUAGCCAGGGUCAAGAGACGUGGCUGAGUUCCAUCGAUCUUGCGUUGUUCAACGGAGGCCUCUCCCUUUCCAUGCUGCGGGCAAUGAGAAGAAAGGCGGCGCUGUUCAUCAUGAUCUUUGCGCCCGUCACCCCGGACCAGGAUAUCUGUCUUGAUUUGGACGGCGAGAGAAAGGAGUGGCUGAAGGUCGAGCACAUCUGCGACCUGGUCCGCAAGGCAGCCUACGGGUAUGACAACCAUAUCCCAGUCACACUGAUGACACCGUCGCCGCUCACGGGGGGUUGGUCGUGCCGCUCGUUGCUGCUCGGCCAAGGCCAAGGCGGCGCGUACUUUCCUGACAUCGCGAUACGCAUGGUUGCGCGGUCGUGCGGCGGCGCCUUUGCCCACCGCCUGGCCGAGUCCUUCACGCAGCGGGACACGCCCCUCUUCUCUGACGCGCAGCGUCGGGGGAUCCAAGUGAGAGAUUAUGGUGCGUCGCUCAUGCCCACGCAGCCGACGGCGCAACAGACGGCUUUGCUUUACCAGGUCCAGGCACAGAUCCACGAAUCGCUGAGACAGAGAAUGAAAUCGCGCCUGGCGCGGCAGCACGCCCUCAUCGUGCAUCCUAAGGGCGAUGCUUGGUCUGGCACAUACAACCGUUGGCCCGAGUCCGGUGCUACCGCUACUAGUGACUCCCCCAGCGCGGAUCGAUACUUUAAAUUCCUUGGGGACGAGGCAUUUGGCGGCUGCAGGACGACGCAGCUCUUCCACCUGAAAUACCUUGCCGCCAUAGAGCUCGAGACGUGCCCUGGGGACUGGACGCGGGGGGCCGACUCCGCGACGCGCAACCUGCUGAGCAGCUUUUUGCAGAACCCCAACCCAGGCGAGGGCGAAGUCAAGCGUGUGUUUGACUCCCUAGCCAAAGCCCUCAGCCUGCCCCUGCCCGACGGCGGGUGUAAGUGCCGUUUUUGGCAUGAUCGAGUCGAAGUUGAGGGGAUGGACGAAUGGUACUACAGCAGGCUGCAAGCGGCGUUUGGGGAGGCACACAACCUCUUUGAUCGGGUGGCGGAUUCCCCCGGCAGCGAGUACAAGUCGACGGUGCGCUUCGCGCGAGCCUCGCGCUGGCUCUCGGCGGCGAUUGCGACCGGAUUCUAUGACGGUGCUGCUGCUGUCGCUACGAAUGAACAGAUCAAGGCUUUUGUGCUCGGCGAGGUGGCACGCCUGGUAGAGAGGAUCCGCGAGGAGCAGGUCAAGCUGCUGAUGCAGGACCAGGAUGUCGUGCGUGCAGGGAGGAGGUGGAUUGACGCGUUGAUCUUUGACUUUGAUUGGGUUGAAGAGAUUAUGUAG